UUUUUUUUUUUGACUUAAUACUAGUGGUUCCUGAUACAUAUUUUUUAAUUGAAGCCACCUUAGUAACAAUGUCCUCCGAAUGGCUCCGGUGUGUUGUUGUGUUUCUCGUCUCUGUCCCUCUGGUUAAAGCUGCUCAGCAGCCAAACAUCGUCUUUAUCUUGGCUGAUGACUACGGCUGGCACGAUAUUGGAUACUACGGCUCAGAGAUCCACACUCCUCACCUGGACAAGUUGUCAGCCAGCGGGGUUCGUCUGGAGAGAUACUACAUCCAACCAAUCUGCACCCCCUCCAGGAACCAGCUCAUGACCGGCAGGUACCAGAUCCACACAGGUUUGCAGCACGCCAUAAUAAUACCUUGUCAGCCAGAUUGCAUUCCUCUGGAUGAAAAGCUCUUACCUCAGUACCUGAAGGAAGCAGGGUACAGUACUCACAUGGUGGGGAAGUGGCACCUGGGCAUGUACCAGACAGGCUGUCUGCCCACCCACCGGGGAUUUGAUACAUUCUUUGGUUUGUACCUAGUUUAUUAUUUCAAGGCUGACUCUUACAGUUUGUGUGUCACAAGAAAUACGAGAGCGGCUCCUGAAUACAAUGGACAAUAUUCAGCUGAGCUAUUCAGCCAGAAGGCUGCGAGCGUCAUCGAGAAUCACGAGAAUCAUGAGAAGCCCUUCUUCCUUUAUGUGUCACUUCAGUCAGUGCACGAGCCCUUGCAGGUUCCAGAUCAUUACCUAGAACCUUACGGAUUCAUCGAAGACCCGGACCGUAAAAUGUAUGCCGGCAUGGUGUCAGCCAUGGAUGAGGCCGUGGCCAACAUCACCGCGGCUUUAAAGCGGACAGGUCAUUGGGAAAACACAGUUCUUGUGUUCUCAACAGAUAAUGGAGGACAGACGAAGCAGGGUGGCAGCAACUGGCCACUCCGUGGUAGAAAGGGAGCACUGUGGGAGGGUGGAGUCAGAGGAGUUGGAUUUGUCGCUGGGCCACUACUGAAACAAAGUGGAACCGUCAACCAUGAACUGAUCCACAUCUCUGAUUGGCUGCCUACAUUUGUUGCCCUGGCUGGAGGGAGCACUAACACUUCAAAACCCCUGGAUGGAUUCAACGUGUGGCCCACUAUCAGUAAAGGACAUCCAUCACCCAGACUGGAGCUACUGCACAACAUUGAUCCUGCUUUUAACACGCCAAAGACAAGGGAACUCAGACCAAUUGCCAGUGGAGACGCUUGGUCAUGGUCUCCUUUCAAUGUGUCCAUUCGUGCUGCCAUUCAAACCGCUGAGUGGAAGCUGCUGACUGGAGACCCGGGUUGUCACGAUUGUGACCAUUGGUUUCCACGGCCUGGUGACAACACCCCUGAUUCUAGUCAGCCUACAGAGAACCCACAGAAGCCUGUGCAGCUCUUCAACAUAAAAGAUGACCCAGAGGAGAGGAACGAUCUCUCAGAUGAGUUUCCUGAGGUGCUGAAUCAUCUCCUCAGUAGGCUCAACGAGUACCAGAAAACUGCCGUGCCAGUAGUUUUCUCCCCUGUUGAUCCGAGCUGUGACCCAGAUGCUAAGGGUCUCUGGGGACCAUGGGCUAAAGAUGCUAGUGGUGAAUCUGUAUAAGAAAAAUCUCACAAAUCUCUCUCUUCACUCUUUAAGGUGCCUUUAUGUGGAUGGAUUUUAAGGGCUUAUGUCAAUGUAUUGGUAUUAUUAUUAUUAUUUAAUUAUUAUAAUGGUCUUAUAGUAUUAUAUUAGACUUUUGCGUAUGACAAACUCAAAUAAUAAUAGAAACACUGCCUUGGUUUGAUUGCCUAUUUUUCUUUAUCUCUGGUUGUUGGUUAGUGCUUACUGUCCUGGUUGUAGUUCGUGGUCGUAGGGUUUUUUGUUUCUUUUUGUUGUACAAUCAAAUAUCUAACAAAUAAAGAUUAUGUAUGUAUGGU